GACAUCGGAAGUUCGAUCCCCAUCAUCAGAUCGCCCUUCUGAUCCCGAAACACUUCUUGACCUAUCGUCCUCUAUCGUAGGUUGCAAGUCCAGCUUUUCCAGUGACCGACAUAAGUCCGUUAUUGGAGUUAGAGGAUUAGAGUUGGCAGUGUCUGUUGGCUCAAUAGAAACUUUGAGUUGAUCACGGUGAUGGUCCGAGCUGCUCGGCUCUGCUAUUGUCUUAGCGUCCGUCGAUUUUGGGGUGAACAAGUGUUGCAGAGCGUCCAAUGAGGGGAUAGUAUGCGCCUCACCAUCGGUCGUACUGGUAAAUCCCGAUCCGUCCAACGUAUCUUCAUCUGAUACCGCAGUGGGAUUUUCGACAACGCCCGCCACCGAUUCAACAUCUUCCUGCAUCCCGCGUCCUUUUUUCCUCUUUUGUCUCGGCGAGGUUGCAUAUGCAGCUUUCAUGGCUUUUUGGGUUUUUUCGGCAGCCAGCUUCUUGGCAUUCGCGUACUCUAUGCUGUCAGCUUCUCGUUUCGCGGCCCAUUGCUCAAUCUCUUCUGUUAGCGGUAUAAGGUGCCCUCGAGAAUCGUCAACUAUACGAAUGAGCCCUAGCAGACAUUGCAAUUCUACAUGAGAAAACCAUGUUGCGUCAUUAGGCCGACAGUACUCUCAGCCCACCUCUUUCCAGUAGAACGGUGAUCUCUUCGCUCAGCAGCACUAGGGGAAGGGAAAAGAAGGUAUUCUGCAUCGGAAGCCGAGGUAGAGUCCCCACCAGCGCUCCUACGAUAUGAUAGCGGGUACGCAACGCCAGUGCGGCUGUGAAAGUUCUUCGACUUGAGCAAAUUCUCUAGAUAGUUCGAAUUCAGAAAGUUAGUACACUCACUGUCAACGUCCCAUACGUAUCCUCGUCCAUGGCAUAAGUAAACUAGAAGUGGUGCAUCGCGGGGUACGCUCGACGGUGGGGCAAGCGUUGAAAGCGUAGUUUUCCGCAUCCUGCAUCUCCCAUUCUUUAGAAGUCGGGUUGUCAGUUCAAGUCGCGUCAUCAGUUUCAUCAGAGUUUAAUUACCAUUCCCUGCCUCACAUGCAGUAGAUCACCAUUGCCGACUUCCCCAUUUUUCACCAGUACAGCCAAGUGCCACAGUUUCGCCUGUAAUUAGCGACCCACAAUGGGCGAUCGGCAGAAUGCACCGCAACAGCCCCGCUUCCGCAUUCCUUCUGCUAGCGAGAUCCAGCUGCGCCAAACGGAAUUGCAAAACCAGGCGGCAAUUCCAAGUUUCAAACCAACGGGCCUGGCUAUGGACACACGAGCUACGAAUGCUCAAGAAUCAUCAACGUCCGGUGGAGCCACUUCCAACCUUACUACCGCCAAGACUGCAGCGCUCGGUUCACCCAUCUCACGACCGCUACAGGCACCGCAACCUGCUGACAUGACAUUUCAACGUCCAACCUUUGGACCUGGUCAGCUAAUCCGGCCAGCGUCAGCACAACCUCGGGAGCCGGCCACAAACAGAGGAGGGUUGGGUAAUAAUUCAGGGCCUCGACCACGACCAGCUCCGGCAACAGUAUCCCGAACAAACAGCACAUCGGCACCUCAGCGCUCCAAAGGCACACAUUCUAUUGUAGUAAAUAGUUGUCAGCGAGGGAACGGAGUUCUCAACUUUAUCAAAAACGUACCAUGGGAAUAUGGGGACAUUAUACCUGAUUACCAAGUUGGAAUGACAAGUUGCGCCCUCUUUCUGAGUUUAAAGUAUCAUCGCCUGCAUCCAGAGUAUGUCUAUACAAGAAUCCGGCAGCUUGGACACCACUAUCUCCUACGUAUACUGCUGUGCUUGGUUGACAUCGAAGAUCACCAAGCUAGUAUCCGCGACUUGACCCGAAUAUGUGUUUAUAAUAAUAUCACUUUAAUUCUUGCUUGGAGCCAAGAGGAGGCAGGCCGGUACUUGGAGACCUUUAAAGCGUACGAACACAAGCCACCCGAUCUGAUCAAAGAACGUGUAGAUCCGGACUAUCUUUCAAAGUUGACAGAUGCAUUGACUCAAGUCAAAUCUGUCAACAAAACUGACGUGCUCACUCUAGCAUCCGCGUUUGGGUCUCUCCAAAACAUCAUGUCAGCCAGCCAGGAGGAGCUAGCACAGUGCCCCGGUUUUGGAGAGCAGAAAGUUCGUCGACUUUAUGAGGCUUUUCAUCAACCUUUUCUACUUAAUAGAGGUGACAGAUCGAGAUGAGAUAUCAAUAAUUUUUUAAG